GUAAUAUGGAAUGGUCAAGUAGAUCUUAUAUACUCCAGGUUUUGUUUAUCUUUAUUUCUUCACGUUGAUAGUUUUCGUGUCCCUUUUUCUUGAUUGCCUUCUCUGAAUUGUUGGCAUGGCUUCCAUUAACGUUUUUACAUUAUUUGUGUUCUUCGCGAUUUUAUAUGUGGUCGCUGGCCAGAACGUUACUUCUAACUCAUCGACGUAUGAUGUACUUGAUUAUGUUGAUCAACUGAUUGGAAGUAAUAACGGAGGUUCGAAUUUUGAAUCCUACUCCUGUUUUUUCCUGCUGACAUUAAAAAGGAAAUGUAUUCCCCGGUGCAACUGUACCUUAUGGUAAGCAAUUCAUGAGGUUGCUUUUGAAAGUCUAUCAGGUUUCCAACUGGACGGUGAUGAUGUCAACCGAAAAAAUCCUCAUUGCUUUAAUAUUCAAACUAAGUCUCGUAUUAAUGAUAUUAUAGGAAUGGCGAAAGCUGUUGCGGAUACUAAUUCUGGUAGUAACCAGGGCGGAUUUACAACUGAUGGCAGUAAUAUUACUGGAUUUUCCAGUAUGCAUGAUUCUGGAACUGGAGGUUCUCCAUCACUAGGAAACUUUGCCUUGUUUCCCUAUGCAGGAUGCAAAGGAGAUAUUGUAGAUGGAUGUACUUAUCCAAAGAAAGCGCGAGCCACUCCUUACGUUUUGAAUUCAGUCAAGGCAUCUCCAGGUUACUUUGGUCUUACAUUGUCCAGUGGUAUUGCUGUUGAUAUGACAACAACACAACAUACAUCAUUAUUCAGAUUCAAAUUCCCAUCUACUUCCAAUGGAAAUGCUUCUAGCCCAUUGAUCUUAAUGGAUUUAACCGACUUGUCUGAUUCUCGUCAAGACAAUGCCAGCAUUUCUGUUGACGCAACUACCGGGAGAAUGACUGGAAAUGGUAAAUUCUUGCCCAGUUUUGGUAGUGGAAAUUAUGUUCUAUACUUCUGUACGGAUUUCUCGGGGGCUUCAAUUCGAGAUAACGGUAUAUUUGUCGACAGUCGUGCCAGUACUGAUAUCAAGGACCUCAAAAUAUCCCGUUCAAUCAAUGGCUAUCCUCUUCCGGGUGGAGCAUUUGUUCGUUUCCAAUCACCUGGCGACGGUAUUUUGGCACGUGUUGGUGUCAGUUAUAUCAGUAGUGAUCAAGCAUGUGCAAACGCUGAGGCAGAGAUUCCGGAUUUUAACUUUGCUGCUGUGCAGAAUGCGGCAAAGUCUAUUUGGCGCAAAAAGAUUUCACCUGUCAAAGUUUCGGCGAAAGGAGUUGAUGCUUCUUUCUUGAAAAAUUUUUAUAGUGGAAUAUAUAGAACUAUGGUCAAUCCUCAGGAUUACACUGGAGAGAAUCCGCUAUGGAAGAGUAAUGAACCUUAUUUUGACUCCUUUUACUGGUAAGAUUCGAUUAUUAGCUUUAUUAGCAUCACUAACUCGAUAUUAGCAUUUGGGAUUUGUUUCGUUCACAGACACCGUUCUUAACAGUGUUAGAUCCUUCCACUGUAGCUAAAAUGGUUCGCUCGCUGAUCGAUACAUGUUAGUAUUACUAUGCCCCUAUUAUCCGAUAUAAGCUAAUUCUCACUUUAGAUGUUCACCAAGGAUGGCUUCCUGACUGUCGUAUGAGUCUUUGUAAAGGAUUCACUCAAGGUGGUUCAAAUGCAGACAAUCUCCUCGCUGAUGUUUACAUCAAAGGCAUUACGGAAGGCAUAGAUUGGAAUCUUGGCUAUGAAGCCGUAGUUAAAGAUGCCGAAGUUGAACCUUAUGAUUGGUCAAAUGAGGGUCGUGGUGGUUUGGAUUCAUGGAAAGCCCUUGGGUAUAUUCCUGUUCAAGACUGUACGUCUCUUUCCACAUACAAGUUGCCGGAAAUCGCCAUGUGAAUACUGAACUAAUACCAUAUAGUUGACUACAAGGGUUUUGGUACUAUGACACGAAGUAUCUCCAGAACACUUGAGUAUAGUUACAAUGAUUUUGUGAUUGCCAGCAUGGGUUCCGGUCUAGGAGGUCACGAAUCAGAUGUCCAAAAGUAUCUCGGACGCAGCAAGAACUGGCAAAAUCUUUUUAAUGCUGCACAAACAUCAUUUCGCUCUAACGGAACUAAUACAGGCUUCAAAGGAUUCUUUCAACCAAAAUAUCUCAAUCAAACAUGGGGAUUUCAGGAUCCUCUGAAGUGUAGCAAUAUAGACUUUAAUCCCAAUAGUGUUUGCUCAUUACAAAACACGGGUGCUGAGACUUUCGAAAGUAGUAUUUGGGAAUAUUCCUUGUAAGUAUUCUGAUCUAAAUUUACACUUUUGUUAUAUCUGAAACAUACAAAAACUAACUUCUAUCCUCAGUUUCGUACCCCACGACCAAGCAACUCUUAUCACCACCUUUGGCGGACCCACAGCCUUUGUAAAACGUCUAGACUACCUCCACGAUAACAACAUAACCUACAUUGGUAACGAACCUGCCUUCCUCACCGUAUAUCAAUACCAUUAUGCCGGACGUCCUGCUCUCUCAGCUCUCCGCUCCCACUUCUACAUCCCAUCCUAUUUCACCCCCACAAACGACGGCUUACCAGGAAACGAUGAUUCAGGCGCCAUGGGCUCCUUCCUCGCCUUUAGCAUGAUGGGACUCUUCCCCAACCCAGGCCAAGACGUUUAUCUCAUCAUCCCCCCUUUCUUCGAAUCCGUCUCCAUCACCUCUCCUCUCACGAACAAAACUGCUACGAUUAGAAAUAUCAAUUUCGACCCGUCGUAUAAAAAUAUUUAUAUUCAGUCUGCGACGUUGGAUGGAAAACCGUAUACGAAGAAUUGGAUUGAUCAUAGUUUUUUUACGGAGGGGAAGGAACUGUGUUUGUGGUUGGGGAGUAAGGAGAGUUUGUGGGGACGGGGACGGGGAUUUACCGCCUAGUUUGGGGAGUAUAUGGGGGUGGAGAGGUGCGGGGAUGGAGAAGAGAGCGGAGGUUUUUGAUAAGGAGGUUGUGGUAGGUGGUGCGGAUGAGAGGGGGAGGAAAACUGGGGGCAAUUAUUGGGCUGAGGAGGAGGGUUAAGGUUGAGGUGCGAGGUGUGGGGUGUGGAAUGUGUAGUCCGAGGAGGGGGUUUUGGAUAAUGUCCGUGUCCAGUCAGCCGCACUACCAUCAGCAGUGAAUCAGGUGUGAUAAAUAUUCCAGCCUACGCUCCAAUACUUGAGUGCAGCCCCUAUUUGUUGCUCCUCCGUCUUUAUAUAUUCAAAAAAGGAUGUUCGUGUGACAAAGACCACUAGGUCUUUAUUGUCUCUUCAAUGUUAACGUUCUGUCUUCCAAGAUGUAACGCAUCUCAGCAUAACACACUG